AUGGUAGCGUCGAUUUGUCGAUAUGGACGAAAAGAACCAGACGAUGAGAUUGAAUGGUCUCGAUAUUUCCGUUCCAUCGCACCGCCUUCUCUCCAUAAAUACUUUGCGACUAAUCCGGAUAUUGUGGUCGCCGAAAUUGAUUAUAUGAGGAACGUUUCCAAGCUGCUACACUCAACUGACCCUCGGAUCAUUACCAAUUAUGUCUUCAUUCGGUAUGUCUCUUCCUGGAGUGGAGAACUCGGAGAACGAUUCGAUGACGUCUCACAGGUUUCACACAUUACUAAACCUAUGGUCCACAAUACAAAAGGCAAAAGCAAAAGUAGUCCGCGAGAUUCUAAAUUUCAAGACUAA